CUCUCAUUGCUGUCCACACUCUUCACACGCUCUGACGGAGCUCAGUGGCUCAUUGGAUUUUGACACUUUGUAGAAUUCUCUUGAAGAAAUGGUGAGAGUCGACACUGCCCUCUAAAGAACAGAAACACAAAGUCGAUUAAUUUACAUGGAGUUCAACGGAGAGAUCAGUGACACUGACAGCGGCAUUAUCCUUCAUUCAGGCUCGGACAGCCCAACAACACACACAAAGGAUGUGACCACGCACACGCGAGCCAUGAAGCUCAAACAUCGAGAUCUCCAAGACAGCCUGGAGAUCUGCAUACUGGAGCUGAAGAAACUCUGCAUCAGAGAAGCUGAGUUGACAGGCCGGCUGUCAGAUGAUUACCCUCUGCUGCCAGGAGAGAAGCCUCCGCAGAUCCGCAGACGUAUAGGAGCUGCGUUUAAACUGGAUGAGCAAAGCAUCCCUCAAGGAGCAGAGGAGUCAGAGCUGAGUUUAGUGGAUGCUGAAUUGGCGCUUCAGAUGAAGAUAUAUGAAGCGGCACGAAAGAUCUGUGAUCAACAUCACAUAAGUAAAGCUGUCAGAAAAAGCCGCUUACAGCAAUGCAAGAGAGAGGAGAAAAAACUCAAACGCCUACAAGAGAUGGCUUUUCAGCUGCGAAUGGAGCACGGACGAUCAUCACCACUUCCUGCUUUUAAUAUUGCACAACAUGAUCUGGGUACAUCUGAUGACAGCUCACUGUCUGAUUCUGUAGUUCAAGAUGAAGAAGUGACAAGCCAGUCAUCACAGCAGUCCACAGGACCAGGAGACAUGGAACCCCCCCAGCCUCUCCCUGUGUCCUCACACUCCUUUGUAGACAGCUCCUACAUACCUCCAUCUACACCUCCGCAGUCAGUGCCGCUGACCCCGAACCAGUCUCCCCAUCCGAACGUUGAGUCUAUGCAAAGUUUGAACUCAAGCCCUGCGUAUGACCUUCCUCCCAUCCAGCAUAGUCCGUGGACGGAGUCGAGUCUUGACCAACCAUACCAGAAGAGCAAGAAAUCACGCUCAUCCAGCAGGACAAGUACUCCAACCAAAACUGAGUUGCUGCCACCCUUGGAGGCCUGCUUAGCACAAUCAUCUCUGCCCAUGCAACUCUCCCAUCUAAAGCUGAACCGCACCCAGUCCAACAGCACACCCUCAACACCGGAGAUGCGUGUGCACAGACAGCUCUCCCUCAGGUUAUCCAACCCUCAAUCUCCUCUAGAAAAAGACCGUGGUCGCAUCAGAGGUCCAAGGCGGCGACUUACAGAAUACACGAUAACUUUACCAGAGACUAUGCCCCCUGCAGUGAACUAUGGGAACCUUGCCAGCUCUGAGGACAGCAAUUCUGAACACUCAUUUACGUCUUACACCAGCUCACCGUGUCAGGACUUUCCCUGCAAUUCACCCCGUCAAUAUCAGCCUGCAGUCAUGCACUCUAGCCCAGUUAGCAGCUAUGGACCCCAAGUCUACCAACGCGCUGUCUUUUACAAUAAUCCCAGGCACCAAUCCAGUCCCAGUUUUCCGAAAGCCUAUUACAAUGAAGAAAUGGUCUACCCUCCUGAUCUGGACUUGGCACAGAGUUAUUACACCAAGCCAGCUCCCUCUCCUCCCAACAGAUACGAGUAUCGGUAUAAAGACGCUGCCUUAGCCCAACAGAGAGCACAGAGGCCUACCGAUAUAAGACUGUCCCCCUCCCCGACACAAUGGGACCAUCCACAGUACCGUUCUGCCGGUCUCCCACAACAAGUAGUCAACGAGCAGCUCAAGUCCUGGCACCGCCGCAGUCGGCUGAAAGACCCCAGGUCCCGUUCUCUUGACAGACAGGGAGCAGUCAGUAAAAACAUGGCUACUCGGGAGUCAGCCGGCUACAUAAAUCAGAGGUACCAUGAGCAGCUUAUCCCGAGACGACCUCUCCAGAGAUCUGCAGAUGACUCUCAAGCACACUGGGUUGUAGAUGACAGCUCUCACUACAUGAGUCAACUGUGAACCAACGCCACAUGGACUUUUUUCAACAUGCCAUCCUUAAAAAAAGAAGACAUUCUAACAAUAUAGUGCAGUCUAGGAAAAACCAGUACACAAACUGCAGCCUCUGGGGUUACUGUAAAGCUCUAUCUAACACCUCUGACUCUGUCACAGUAAAGUUGAGUGCAGAGUGGUUGUAUUGGAUUUUGGGGUACAACUGCUGUUUAGUUUGUUUUGUACUAAGAGUGGCAAAUUAGGUGUCACAGGUAAAACUUGUUUAAUGAAUUAAGUGAAUUUGAAGAGAUAAAAUACUUGCUAUAACUUAGCACUGUUUGAGUUAUGACUGUUUUUUGAGAACAAGAUGUCUAAGUCUGACACGAUAUAUCAGUUGUCAGCUCUGCACUGGUUGAAAAAGUCAUUAAUACAGAGAGUCUUCGUCAUUAAUAACAUGUUCAUUUUGAUAUGUAGACCUGUUAAACAAAUAUUAACAUGAGCAGUGGUUGGAGAGAGCUGCAGCUCUCGAGGCAGAUGUGCACAAUGUAGGAAGAUGGAAAGAAAUGUGAAUGUUUAUUAAAUAUGUUUUAUUCUUUGAAUUAACUUUUAGGUUAUUGUUUAUGAAAUUCUAGACGUAUAAGGAUAUCAUUAUUAUCAUUUCCAAAAGCUAACAUCUAAGGCUGUUUGGUAAACUGCUUUCGGUACCUAACUUGACAACAUGUUCUACAUUAGACACUCUUUUAUGUAGCCAGAAAAUCACUGCCAAACUAUUUGUUUGAGGAUGGGCUUUAACUUUUUGUAUUUUGUUUAGGGAUGAUCAUAGUCUUCUUCUCUUUUCUCACCAAGCUGUUUGGAGAAUAGAAAAUCAUUGUAAUAUGAUGUAAACAUGCAAUGUGUCCUCUUUUUUUUAAAACCUACAUUUUUGUUUAUUAUGUUGAUUUUUGUUACCACUAUUAUGAAAUUGAGCUGCUUAAAUUUAAGAUUUGUCAAACUUGUCUCGUUUCCAUACAUGUGUAUGGCUGUGCCGAUUAACUUGAAUUAAUAAUCAACGUAAUCAACUAGUUGAAACUAGAUAUGAACUAAUCACCGGAUGUAAAGUGUAGCAAAUUAAAACAAAAGCAGAGUCUUGAUGCUUGGCAGCUAUUAAGGUGUUAAAUUGAGAUGAAAAUGUAUUGAGCUUUAACACAAUCUUUAACACUGUCUGUGUGCACAGGUGUUUGAUACAGCGGAUCACCAAACAUGAACCUUUUUAUUAGAACCACUACAAGUCGUCAUGACCCUGAGUUUAUUUAAACCAGCAUUGUGAAAGACUGCCUAGUCGAACAAUCAUGUAUCCUUGCGUGCCUCUUUUUUACUGUCUUUUUAAAAAUAUUUAUAUUGUAGUUUAGGUGGACCUGAUUAUGUGUUCUGUUACUGAAAAAAAUCUGUGAAUACAUUUUUCUUUGUGGAAGAAAAUAAAGAGUAAUUUUUGCAUCGUG